AUGAACUUCCCCCAGGAGGAAGAGCGCAUCCUCGCGCGCUGGAAGGAGAUUGACGCCUUCCUCCGUCAAGUCGAGCUGUCAAAAGGAAAGCAGCCCUACACAUUCUACGAUGGACCGCCUUUCGCGACCGGCAUGCCACAUUACGGUCAUCUUCUCGCCUCCACUAUCAAGGACAUUAUUCCACGUUACUGGUCUAUGAAAGGCCGAUAUGUCGAGCGACGGUUCGGUUGGGACACGCAUGGUGUGCCCAUUGAGUACGAGAUCGACAAGGAAAUGGGCAUGUCUGGCCGCGAUGCCGUCCGUGAGAUCGGUAUUGCGAAGUACAACGAAAAGUGCCGCGCAAUUGUCAUGCGCUACGCGACCGAGUGGAGGCACACCAUCGAUCGCUUGGGCCGCUGGAUCGACUUCGACAACGACUACAAGACCAUGGACACGAGCUUCAUGGAGAGCGAGUGGUGGGUUUUCAAGCAGCUGUUCGACAAGGGUGUGGUGUACCGGGGGUUCAAGGUCAUGCCGUACAGCACAGCGUUGUGCACGCCGCUCAGCAACUUCGAGGCAUCGCAGAACUACAAGGACGUCCAAGACCCAGCCGUUGUAGUUUCUUUCCCAUUGCUGGACGACCCGAAUACGCACCUACUCGCGUGGACUACGACCCCGUGGACGCUGCCUUCCAAUACCGGACUUGCAACACAUCCCGAUUUCGAGUACAUCAAGAUCCAUGACGAGGCAUCUGGGAAGCACUACAUCCUAUUAGAGGCUCUGCUUCGGACGCUGUACAAGGAUCCGAAGAAGGCGAAAUUCAAGAUUGUGGAGAAAUUGAAGGGCAAAGACAUGCUGGGCUGGAAGUACGAGCCACUGUUCGACUACUUCUACGAAGAGUUCAAGAAUUACGGAUUCAAGGUUGUGAAUGCCACGUACGUGACGGCGGACAGUGGUACGGGUAUUGUACACCAAGCACCCGCCUACGGUGAGGAGGAUUACAAAGUGGCCGUUGAGAACGGCAUCAUCGACCAGAACCGCCCACCCGUAAACCCUGUGGACGAUGCCGGCUGCUUCACCUCCGCUGUUUCGCAUUUCGAAGGCCAACAUGUGAAGGCUGCCGACAAGAACAUUAUCAAGCACCUGAAAGGAACCGGCCGGUUAGUCGUAGACUCACAACUCAUGCAUAGUUACCCAUUCUGCUGGCGCUCUGAUACCCCUCUGAUUUACCGAGCGGUUCCGUCGUGGUUCGUCCGUAUUCAGGACAGCAUCCCCCAGAUGUUGAAGAACAUUGAAGGUUCGCACUGGGUGCCUUCCUUCGUGAAGGAGAAGCGUUUCGCCAACUGGAUCCAGAGCUCGCCCGAUUGGGCUGUGUCACGUAACCGCUUCUGGGGUACCCCGCUUCCUCUGUGGGUCAGCGACGAUCUGAAGGAGAUUGUGUGCGUUGGAAGCGUUGAAGAACUGAAGAAGUUGAGCGGAUACGAGGGUGAAAUCACCGACAUCCAUCGUGACAAGAUCGACGAUAUCACCAUUCCCAGCCAACAAGGCAAGGGUGUGCUACGGAGAAGCCCUGAAGUCUUUGACUGCUGGUUCGAGUCAGGUUCUAUGCCUUACUCAAGUGCUCACUACCCCUUUGAGAACGUUGAGCAGUUCGAGAAGUCCUUCCCCGGUGAUUUCAUUGCCGAAGGACUGGACCAGACGCGUGGAUGGUUCUAUACUCUGACUGUCCUUGGUACGCUUCUGUUCGGCAAACUGCCUUUCAAAAAUUGUGUCGUGAACGGUAUCGUACUUGCAGAAGACGGGAAGAAGAUGUCAAAGCGCCUAAAGAACUACCCUGACCCUAUGCUCAUCAUGAACAACUACGGAUCCGAUGCGCUCCGGUUAUACCUCAUUAAUUCGCCUGUAGUACGCGCUGAGACGCUCCGAUUUAAGGAGGCAGGGGUCAAGGAAAUUGUAUCGAAGGUGCUGCUUCCGCUCUGGAACAGCUACCAGUUCUUCGAGCAGCAGGCAGCGCUACUGAAGAAGGUAGCGGAUCUAGAUUUCGUGUUUGACCCCUCAGCAGGGAAGACCAACACGAACGUCAUGGAUCGGUGGAUCCUGGCCUCAUGUCAGUCUCUAUUGAAAUUCGUUAACGAAGAGAUGGCGGCGUACCGAUUGUACACCGUCGUUCCGCGGUUACUCAAACUUAUCGACGAUACCACAAAUUGGUACAUCCGCAUCAACCGCCGUCGGCUAAAAGGCGAGUCUGGCGUCGAAGACACCAAGCACGCCCUCAACUCCCUUUUCGAAGUCCUUUAUACCCUCUGCCGUGGACUUGCGCCUUUUACUCCCUUCCUUACCGAGAACAUCUAUCUGCGCCUCCUGCCACACAUCCCUAAAGAGCUCCGGGCAGAGGAUGACCGCAGUAUCCAUUUCCUUCCUUACCCCGAAGUCCGUGAGGAGCUGUUCGAUGAGGUGGUAGAGCGACAAGUCAAGCGCAUGCAAGCCGUAAUCGACCUGGGCCGCAUCUGCCGAGACCGUGCGAAUAAGGGAUUAAAGACCCCGCUAAAGACGCUUGUCAUCAUUCACCCAGAUCCAGAGUACCUUGACGACUUGAGGGCAUUGGAGAAGAACAACUACAUCAGUGACGAGCUGAAUGUACGUGAUAUUAUCUUCUCUAGCGACGAGGAGAAGUACCACGUGCAGUACUCUGCAUCGGCAGACUUCUCGGUUCUUGGAAAGAAGCUCAAGAAGGAUGCUGUCAAGGUGAAGAAGGCAUUGCCGAACUUGACGAGUCAGCAGAUCAAGGACUUCAUCAAGAAUGGCGAGAUGCUGGUGGACGGCAUCAAGGUCGAGAAGGAGGAUCUCAUGGUCAAGCGCGGUCUCGCCAAGGAUGAGAGCAGCAAGAACCAGGAGUUCAACACCGAUGACGACGUGCUCAUCAUCCUCGAUGUUGCCAGCUAUCCCGAACUUGAGCAAGAGGGCCUAGCUCGUGAGAUCAUCCGCCGUGUGCAGGAUCUCCGCAAGAAGGCUAACUUGGUGCCCACGGAUGAUGUCGGCAUGGAGUACCGCGUGCUUUCAGACCCUGAGAACGUUGGCAUUGAAGCUUGCUUUGAGAGCCAAGGUGCGCUCUUCGAAAAGAGUUUGAGGAGGAAUGUGGACAAGCAUGUCAUCACUGAGCUGGAGGGCAAGAUCCCGGAGAAGGACGACGAGACAGUCAUUGUGCAAGAGGAACAGGAGCUGCAGAAAGCAACUUUCCUGCUAAGGUUGAUCAAGCUAUAA